AUGGCUGUACAAGGGUUGGCAGAGCCCUCACCGAGGUGUCUGACCUCCAUUUUGAAGGCCGUGGUGGUGAGGUGGCUCCAGGCAGGUCAUGGUGGCCGGGUGAAAGCCCUGCUCCUCAGGCUGGGUGUCUGGGCAGCGCUGGCGGCUCCUCUCCUCCCCGGGGCAGGCAGCCGUCGCCUGCCACCCGGCUACGCUGUGCAUGAGAUAAUCCGGCCAAAAAAGCUGUCCCCCGUGGUAGGCCGGGCAGCAUCGGGAGAGGUGUCCUAUGUCAUCAGGGUGGAGGGUGAGAACCGCGUCGUCCACCUCACGCAGACGAGGGGACUUGUGGUGAAAAACCUGCCAGUCAUCACCUACAGCCCCCGAGGGAGGAGGGUGGUGGAGCAGCCCCACGUCCCCGAGGAGUGCUACUACCUGGGCUACGUGGAGGGCAGCCCCGGCUCCCUCGUGGCGCUGAGCACCUGCUCGGGUCUGAGGGGACGGCUGAAAAUCGGGAACCUGAGCUACGGCAUCGAACCUGUGCCGGAGUCCCUGACCUUCCAGCACCUUCUCUAUCGACGAAAGACGACCCAGGACAAGUCUUCGACGUGUGGAUUGACUGUUGAAGCGAUCCAAAAGCAACCAGGCUGGAUGGGUAUUAAAAUACCCUCAACGAAGCAAGACUUUUCUCAGAGACUGAUGCACACCAGGUAUGUCGAGAUAUUUAUUGUGGUGGACUACCAGCUGUUUUCUUUCCAAGGGAGCAACGAAACCUCUGUGAUGCUUCUGGUUACAGAUACAAUCAAUUUAUCAGAAACGUACUAUUAUCCUCUGAAGGUUCGCAUCUGUCUGAUUGGGCUGGAGAUCUGGACGCAUGGCAACUUAAUCAGGUACAGCCUGGAUAUACAAGAAGUUCUUACAGAUUUUAAUAACUGGGGAAAUAUAGAUCUUUCUAAUAGGAUGAAAUAUGACAUUGCACAUUUAUUUACUUACACAGACUUCGGACUUGUCGUUGGGCUGGCCUACGUAGGUAGCAUCUGCUACCCUGGUUAUCAGUCAGGUAUUGUGUCUCACAUACGAAGAGAUUUCGUAACCUUUUCAAUUAUUUUCACUCACGAGCUGGGUCACAAUCUGGGGAUGGAGCAUGACAAAAAAGAGUGUGUGUGUGGAAAAGCCACCAAGUGCUACAUGACGGGCGAGUCGCUCAAUGGCGCCGCAGCUUUCAGCAACUGCAGCCUUCAGAGCUUUUUAGACCUGCUCAGCAGAGGGGACGGUGAAUGCUUAAACAACAUCCCUGAGCCCAACAGAUUUUUCUAUUUUAAGCAUUGUGGCAACAAGGUGAUAGAUGAGGGAGAGCAGUGUGACUGCGGGGGGCCGCAGCACUGCCGAGGUAACCCCUGCUGCUACCAAGAUUGCAGGCUGAAGCCGGGGGCUGUCUGCUCCGUUGGGCAGUGUUGUCAGAAAUGCCACUUUCGUGCUGCAGGAUACAAGUGCAGGUCAGAGGUGGAUGAGUGUGACUUACCCGAGUAUUGCAAUGGGACUUCCGAGUGGUGCCCAGAGGAUCUGUACAUGCAUGACGGGACACAAUGCAGCGACGAUGGCUACUGCUACCGUGGGAAAUGUGCAACCUAUGACAAGCUAUGCAGAAAAGUCUUUGGGAACGAAGCUCGGGGUGCUCCAGAAAGUUGCUUCAAAGAGCAGAACACGAAAGGGGAUCGAUUUGGCAACUGUGGUGGUGAUGGGAAUGAAGUUGCUUUUGUGGAAUGUAAACCCCAAAAUGCUCUGUGCGGAAGGCUGCAGUGUGUGAAUGUAAGGAGGAUACCCUUUCUGGAGGGGUCUGAAACCAUCAUUCAGAUGCCAGGGUCUGAGGGUUGGUGCUGGGGCACAGCCUACCGUGCUGGCGUAGAUACACCUGAUAUAGGAGGAGGACUUGAUGGCACCAAGUGUGGUCAAGAAAAGAUCUGUAUUAACAAGACGUGCACAGAUGCCGUGGUCAGAACAAAGUGUGAUGCAAACGUUUUGUGCCAGGGGAAAGGGAUUUGCAACAACCUUGAACACUGCCACUGCAAACCUGGCUGGGCCCCCCCUUACUGCCAGUUCCACGGCCUGGGAGGGAGCGUGGACAGUGGCCCCCCACCACACUUAAUAAUCUCCACGGCAGAGGCUGUCCAAAAUAAAGCUUUUGGGACUGCAAUAGGGAUCGCUGUUCCCGUUGCCAUCAUUCUGAUCGCUCUCCUCAUUGCUGCAAUCAAAUACAUAAACGUGAUAGCUGCAUUUUUCACUACAAGUUCAUCCACAGAGGUAUCUGAGACUCCUGAAGGUGAGGAGCAGAACAAGGAAGAUGACGACGAUGUUUAA